CUUUCCUUUCCUUCUAACAGUCACACUCACCAUCACUUGGCCUCUUCAAAACAGCCACUCUUAUGGACGGACACCAAGCUUUCUCAGGUUUGGCUAUAAUUGCCGAUUGGCCAGGCGAUGGACAAGACACCAGAUCCCAGUCUAGUACUGCACUUGCGACUCCAGUGACUCCAACUCGAGGUCCUCGGGCUGUCGUAUUCUGUGCCGCGAGAGAAGUCACUCGUAUCUUUACAAAGGAGGGAUGCACAUUUGCGAUCUUGGGAAGUACAGCGUGCUAUCUCUACAGAAAUGACCGUUUACCGAAUGACCUCGACAUUUUGAUGUCAUCACAUACCUGCAAACCAGAGUUGUUGAAGGAAUUCUUCGUCACUAAGAAUCCGGAUCGUUUUUACCUCACGGACACUAAAACACCCGGAGCUACCUGGAAGGUCUUUUGGUACCACGACCACAACGUGGAUGGGAAAGUGGAGAAAACCAAAGUCGACAUCCUCAAACCGGGAGUGUUACAACUCCCGAUGAUAUUUUCCGAGGCUAUCGUCGAUAAACAGGGAUUCCCGGUCGUUCCCAUGUCAAUUCUGCUAUUGCAUAAACUGAAGGGAUGGAAGGAUAACAUGGAGUCGACGGAGCAGCGACUUCGGAACAAGCAUGAUGCGGAUGUGGGAGAUAUAGGCUCACUGUUGAGGAUCAUCGUGGAGGGAAUGAGCAUGCAGGAAAAGAAAAACUCGACGUAUUGGAAACGGUUUGCAAUGGAACGGUUUGAUCAGGAAUUCCGGGAUGGGACCGAGCGUCGGGUGAGGUUGUUUUGUUCGAGGUUCCCAGAGUAUCGUGCUAUGUGGCGGAAGCUAGGCUGGUAGGACCAGCUACAUAUUUUCUGUUCACUCUGUACUUCCGUAUCUAUAACCUCGCUGAAAUUUUGACACAGAAGCUGUCAGGGAACUUCAAUAUGAUUAGACUUUUAGGGCUGUUCUGCGUUUGCGGUCCCCAGCCUUGAAGAUUU